AUGUGCUGUCAUCUUCGAUCGUUCCAACAGUUCAGAAGCUGGGAUGGUGCAUCUCAUUGGUUUAUAGCGCCCGCAAGGGUAGCGCCCCUUGCUAUCCAUACACAUGAAUUGUACAUCAGCGCCUCCCUCUCUGCCGCUGAAAGCUGUUACCUUUCCCGGCACGGGUGGAUCGUGGAUGGGACCGCCCGUCCCGGCUGGCGGAGCCAUCUCUUGACUCCGUCUCGAGGAGGUCUCUCGCUCGCUACAGAUGCCAUCCCCCAUACAUACUUUGUACUGGGCGAUCCUUUGAACAUUGCAGAUGACACCCAUCGACUACCGAUCGACCCGGAGAUAGCCGGCCCGCAGCGACCGAUCGACUGA